GUGCCGUUUCGCACUCGCCACCAGUAUCUUUCUUGGAUGGGGAUCGUUUUUCUUAGAAAUUCGUUGGAUCUUACGUUAACACCGGUCUGGACCACUCAAGCUGUGGCGAUUAAUACCGGUAGCGGGAACUGGGAGAGCUGCGGCGAGAGCAGCAGCAACCUCUUCCCCUUCAGCGGUGGCGGCAACGACAGUGACACGGGUGGUAAGGACGAGACCCGCAACUAUGCAGACGCGUGCAGGUGUGCCUAUGGGCAAUGAUGAUUUGAGCUCAGGUCUCUCUUCCCCGCCAUCGGAUUUGGAUAAUUAUUCGGACGAGGAGAGGGAGGUGAAGGAGGAGGAAGGCGAGAAGGAUGGGAAAAAUAAUUCGAUCGUUUCCAGGUUCUUCCGAUCGUCAUCUCCGGGGAAGAGUUCGGGCGCUCAGAAGGCUCCUGGGAAGGCUAUUGCUCCCGUGAAGAAGGAGCCGACGCUUGGAUUGGGGGAUAUAGUACCGACACUGAUCAGGGAGAAGGUGAAGAAGAGGGAAAAUAUUGUGGAGAAGAAACCUCGAGUGAAGAAGGUUAAGGAUGGGGAGCGUGUAAAGGUUGAGGCUCCGGAGAAUUGGGAAGAGGUGUACGAGAAGCUUAGGGAGAUGAGGAAGAUGGUGGAGGCGCCGGUGGACACAAUGGGUUGUGAGAGGCUGGGGGAUAAGGCGGCCACUCCUAAGGUUCGUGAUGCGAUUAGGCUUUAGAGUCUGUGGUACGAUUGUGGUUAACGUGUACGUGUGCGUUGCAGCUUCGGCGUUUCCAUACACUGAUCUCGUUGAUGCUUUCCAGCCAAACCAAGGAUACGGUCAACGCAGUCGCCAUGAAAAAGCUUCAGGAGCAGCUUCCAGGAGGGCUUUGCCUAGAAAGUAUCUUGGGAGUGGAACCAAAGAGGUUGGACGAGCUUAUUAGGAUUGUGGGCUACGUCACCAAAUCCUAGUCACGAACGAUCGCUAAUGUCAUCGGGAUUUAGGUCGGCUUUCACAAUCGAAAGACGGAAUAUAUCAAGAAGGCGGCUGUGAUCCUCCGGGACAAACAUGGCGGUGAUAUCCCAGAUACCUUUGAGGGACUGACGGCCUUGCCCGGGGUUGGACCUAAAAUGGCGCACUUAUGCUUAUCUGCAGCCUGGGACCGAACCGAAGGGAUUGGUGUCGACGUCCACGUUCAUCGGUACUUGAGAAUGAUCACUUAAUCCCUGAUAAUAAGCUUUACUAAUGGUCUAUGUCUACAAAUAGGAUUUGCAACCUUUGGGGCUGGGUCAAAACCACUACUCCGGAGGGGACCCGGGAAGCUCUACAAGCUUGGCUUCCAAGGGACAGGUGGAGAGAGAUAAACUUCCUCCUUGUUGGGUUUGGACAAACAAUAUGUCUCCCCAGGGGGAGAAGGUGUGGAGAGUGCACCCUAUCGAAUGGACUGUGCAGAGCAGCGUACAUGGAACCAAAAAAGGUCAAAGUCAAGAAGGAGAAGCGAGUCAUUAGCGAGGGCUCGGAUGAAGACUUUGACGAUGACAAUUACGCAGCUCCCGAACGCUCUAUGAGACCUAAAAGACGUAGGGUUAAAGUUGAGGUCAAAGAAGAGGAAGAGGUGGGGGACGAAGAUAUGCUCGUCGCUGACAUCGAAGACGUAGUCCCAAAUUUAGCAAAAUUUCGAUAUAAACGGUAAACGAGUUGAUUAACGCAGGAGAGAGGGGGACGGGGGGCGGCUACUCCUACUAUCACACACCGGCAGUUGAUCAUAUCUUCCCGUCUCGAUCAUAUCGGCUUGUUGAUCGUUGCUGGGCAUUUAAACGAGUCAACGGAUGAUGAGCUCGAUUCGUUCCCCAUGAUGUCCCUGGGUAAAUAAGUAAGGAAGACCACGUUUAUGGGUUAUCCAACAAUCAAGCUUCGUUCACAUUUCAGGGCUUU